GGUGGAUAAUGAGUGGUUGGAUCAAUGGAUGAUGCAUGAAUAAAUGGAUGGAUGGAUGAGCUGGAUGCAACUGUCAAAUGGAGGAGUGGUUGAAUGGAUGGAGGCUCUAGCAAGGAACCAUUCUGAACUCAGACCCUGUCACUUUUGUUUUCCAGGCCGCCCACCACCCCUCCUGCCCCUGUGUGCCUCUGUGUCUUUGCUGGGUGGCUUGACCUUUGGUUAUGAACUGGCAGUCAUAUCGGGUGCCCUGCUGCCACUGCAGCUUGAAUUUGGGCUCAGCUGCUUGGAGCAGGAGUUCCUGGUGGGCAGCCUGCUCCUGGGGGCUCUCCUCGCCUCUCUGGUUGGGGGCUUCCUCAUUGAUCGCUAUGGCAGGAAACAAGCCAUCCUGGGGAGCAACUUGGUGCUGUUGGCAGGCAGCCUGAGCCUGGGCCUGGCUGGCUCCCUGGCCUGGCUGGUCCUGGGCCGCUCAGCUGCUGGCUUUGCCAUCUCCCUCUCCUCCAUGGCCUGCUGUAUCUACAUGUCAGAGCUGGUGGGGCCACGGCAGCGGGGGGUGAUGGUGUCCCUCUAUGAGGCAGGCAUCACUGUAGGCAUCCUGCUCUCCUAUGCACUCAACUACGCGCUGGCCACGGUCCCCCGGGGAUGGAGGCAUAUGUUCGGCUGGGCUGCUGCACCUGCUCUCCUGCAGUCCCUCAGCCUCCUCAUUCUCCCUGCGGGUACAGAAGAUGCUGCAGCCCACAGGGAUCUCAUCCCCCUCCAGGGAGGUGAGGCCACCGAGCUGGGCCUGGGGAGGCCAAGAUACUCCUUUUUGGACCUCUUCAGGGAGCGGGAUAACAUGCGAGGCCGGACCACCGUGGGGCUGGGGCUGGUGCUUUUCCAGCAGCUAACAGGGCAGCCCAAUGUGCUGUCCUAUGCCUCCACCAUCUUCCACUCAGUUGGCUUCCGUGGGGGAUCCUCAGCUGUGCUGGCCUCAGUGGGGCUUGGCGCGGUAAAGGUGGCAGCUACCCUGACUGCCAUGGGGCUAGUGGACCGAGCAGGCCGCAGGGCCCUAUUACUAGCUGGCUGUGCCCUUAUGGCCCUGUCCGUCAGUGGCAUAGGCCUGGUCAGCUUCGCUGUGCCCAUGGACUCGGGCCCCAGCUGCCUGGCCAUGCCCAACGCCACCAGGCCAUUCAGCCUCCCCGGAGAGUCUGACCUGCCAACGGGCUUCUCUUCACAUCCACUGUCAACAACCAGCAAGAACCAAGAGGAGCCAGUCUUGCCAAUUCCUGAGAAAACCAAGCGUCAUUCCAGAGCUGGGGGUCCCACAGCCCCUCCUGUGCCAGUUCUAAGCACCGCCUCCCCAGCACCCCCUUCUCCUGCCCCAGAGCGUGCCCUGCUGCACUGGACCGCGCUGGUCUGCAUGAUGGUGUUUGUGAGCGCCUUCUCCUUUGGAUUUGGACCAGCCCGGCCACAGCCUAGGAGCCCUCCCUGCUCUCCUGUCCUAGUGACCUGGCUGGUCCUCAGCGAGAUCUACCCGGCGGAGAUCCGAGGGAGGGCUUUCGCCUUCUGCAGCAGCUUCAACUGGGCCGCCAACCUCUUCAUCAGCCUCUCCUUCCUCGACCUCAUCGGCACCAUCGGCUUGUCCUGGACCUUCCUGCUGUACGGGCUGACCGCCGUCCUUGGCCUGGGUUUCAUCUAUUUAUUUGUCCCUGAAACAAAAGGCCAGUCGUUGGCAGAGAUAGACCAGCAAUUCCAGAGGAGACGGUUCCCCCCGAGCUUUGGCCACAGGCAGAGCACGUCUGGCGUCCGGUACAGCCGCAUCAAGGUCUCUGCGGCCUCCUGAGGAGCCCCUCUGCUUGGAAAAUGCUGGGCCCAUGGUUUUCGCCGACGAGAUCCAACUUCCUGCUUGCCUGGGCUCCAGAGCACAAGUUCUAGGUGGUCCUUUGAGACUGACCACCACGCCAGAGGAGGUCUUUUGUGCUGGGGUGAAAGGGAUGAGAGUCUGAGAACCCGAAAGUCUUCAUGUUCAGUCUCAGGCUCUGAGGGUUUCUGAGGAGCUGCCUUCUUGCCUCAGUUUCCCCACUGGCUCUGCACAUCUCUACAGUACUUAUAACGAGAACUUCUUCUGGAGUUUCCACGGUGCCCUGGGCUUUCUCAAAGAAUCUCUGGCAGGAAGCCUCUUCUGGUAUAACCCCUCAAUCCAGCUGAGGGUACCAUAGUCUCUGCUCUUGUUUCAUCUGGUUGGGACUUUUCAGCGAGGGGAAGGCCUGCUCUUUCGACUCUUAGAUAUCAGUUUUGUUCACCCCCCUAAUUCUCUUCUCCGGAAUAUGUACCAUUCACCAGCAACCCACACUGGUCAGCAAAAGGCUUAAGUUCUAGUCCUGAGUCUACUGGUGUCAUUGCUGUAUGACCACGGGCCUCAGUUUCCCCCAUUUGUACAGUCAGGGACCUGGACCAAGUGGAUCUUAAGAUCUCUUCUGACACCAAUGAAUGGGAAUUCUAAUAAUACAACAGAUAUUCAACGUGGGCCCUGCUCUCAAGUCGCUAGUCAUCUCUCUGGAGGAUGUAAGUUUCAUUAGGGAAAAAGGUCAACAGAAGUCCAGAAUUAAGUGCCCUAAAAUCCAAGAGCAGGGAACGAGUUGCUGGGCUGUCUCCAGGACAGUGCUGGCUGCCCUUCCAUGCAGAAAGGAGAUGGCUUUGGAGGCUUAUUGACCUGGUUGUCACUGUUGUCUCUACCUCUUGGCAGCUGUUGACUUUGGGUGAGUAACAACUCCCUCAGGCUCAGUUUCCGCUUCUGCAGUAGGGGGGUGACUAUGCCUCCGGGGUGUAUUUAACUCCAUCUGGGAGAUCUUCGGCUGGUCCCAUUCAGCUAAUCAGGGAGUCGGGGGUGUCUGUUCACCUCAGUACCCAUGCCCGCCCCUUUGGGACAUUGUGAAGGGUUGUCCCCCAAUGGGUGAGUCACAUAGAGAUUGAACAGGUAGUUCAGCCAGUGGUCCCUGAAGGAAGGGACUGGCCAGAGUUCCCGGAUGCUGAGAAUGAAGAGCUAAAGAAGGUCCAGGGUGCUGGUGUCAGGCAAGAUUUUGUCAUCGUGCCGCUCACCUGGGGGAUGCUGGCGCAGUCCCCACAGACUGGUCCCUCAACUUUUCUUCUCUCCUUUCUACAUACAGAUGCUCCUCGACUUGUGAUGGGGUUACAGCCCAAUAAACCCAUGGUGAAGCCAAAAAUGCAUUUAGUAUAUACCUCACCUACUAAACAUUGUAGCUUAGCAUGGCCUGCCUUAAACAUGCUCAGGACACCUGCACGAAUUAGCCUACAGUUGGGCACAACCAUCUAACGAAACACUGUCGGGUAUCGGUUGUGUACCCUCGUGAUGGAGUGGCGGCCUGGGAGCGGAGGCUCGCUGCCGCUGGCCAGCAUCACAAGAGAGUAUUGUACCACGUAUCACUAGUCCAGGAAAAUAGAAAUUCACAGUUCAAAGUACGGAUGCAUAUGGCUUUCACAUCAUCAUAAAGUCAAAAAAUCGUAAGUUGAAUCAUCAUAAGUUGGGGGUGACAGUACUUCCCUUCUAGCCAGUGGGGUGCUGGAGCUGGCUCCUACUGGCUCUGAGAGCAGACUGUUAAAUUUUCAGGAUUUUUGAAAGCUUGAAACACAGUUAAACACAGCCAUUAAGAGAAAUUAAAUUACUGAAACUCGUAAUUAAAUAAAUUGUAUUAAAAACAAAGGAAAUAAACACUAAACACUGAUCACUUCCUUAUUUUACCACAUUUUACUACUAUCUGUGCUCUGGAGGUUACAUCUAUUGUAUCUUAUGAGGGACACGGGAGAGACUGGGCAUUUCUUUCUGAUUCCACCUCAGUGAAAACUGGCCAUGGGGAGUGUGCUGGCCCCACAGAGAGGGGGGAACAUUACAGAUCAGGGCUUGAUUUAUUGUUUUGUUGAUUUUCCAGCCUUAAGACCGUGACGGAUAGAAUGUGCAAAUAAAACACUAUGUCCAUUGUGUCUAUGGCCAGUACAUUGUGAGUGGCACAAAGAAUGGAGGAAAUAUUGUUUUGUGAGGUGAGCUGUUUAUUCAGCUUAGUAAGCAAGUUGCUCAGGCCAUUGAUGAAGGAGUUCUUAGGAACCUCUGCAUUGUUUUACUUUGCUCUGACUCAUCAAAGUCAACAGAAAUCCCAACCAGCAUUCGUGUUGGAACGCCACUUGUGAGCGUCUUGCUGAGCCGGAUUGUCAUCAGGUGAUCAUUUGUCGUCUAACUUUGUCCAGCCAUGGCUCCAUUGCAGUCAUAGUUGUUUGUGCCUACAAGAGUUUGACAAAAAAUAAAAACCAUUCCAUGAGAAUUAAUUGGCAAUAUGGAAUUUACAACAAAGAGUA